CACUCGUUCGAACGACCAGCAAGAUUUCUCAGGCGAUAGUUUUGGAUGUAGCAAAUGACCUCAUCGACGUCAACUCAUUCUACUUUUUCUGGGCUUUCGGAAGGUUGUUUGAGUGAGGCCUGUUCUAGCGGAUUGCAGAAUCGGACUAGCACAGAGGAGUCACAAGAAGAUUGUCCAAAAUGUGCGGCAAUGAGACUGAAUACUAUUGUCGCUGAGGAAGCUUUAGCUUCCUUAAGUGGGCAGUUUAAAAAUCUUCAGAAGGAAUUAAAGAAAACAGAACAGGUAUCUAAAAUAAAUGAAGAACAGGCUAAAUACAUUGAUGAAAGACGUUCAAAGCUAGAAAAGUUGGAAGCAGAACACACAUCAUUGUAUGCAGAGUAUGAGAAUUUGCGGAUCAAUCAUGACAGUCUAAAAAGACAGUAUGAUGAAGUGGUUGCUACAGCACGAAGGAAUCAGCGUUUAAUCGAAGAAUCAGUGAAAUAUCAUGAUACCUGCAAAGUCGCUAUGGAAAAUCUUAUGGCUGAAAAGGAAGCACGUCAAGAGCUGCUUACAAAAUAUUUGAAAAGUGUGGAAGCUGCUGCGAAAAUAAAUGAUUCGAUGAAACAAUUGGAAAAGAAAUGUGUCCAACUACAAGCAGUAAAUGAAAAGUUGGAGCCGUUCAGAUAUCAUUGUCCAGCAAUGCUUCGACUUCUUCUCGAGUUUGGUGAGAUUAUUGAAAAUAAUGGUUUAAUGACAAAAGCACUACAAAAGCGUCUUACUCGGUAUAAAGAUAGGAGUGAUUUACGUGAAUAUCUGCUUGGAAAGACGAGAAGAAUAACGAAUUUAAGUGAAUCAAGUACGAGAACGAUCGAAGAAAGUAGUGAUGAUGAUGAAUUAGCAAAGGGUGUGGAAGAUUUGUUGUUAACGAUUGGUAGUCCACCUCGGCUGAGAUCGUCAAAAAAAUCACUGUCCUCUAAAGAAGAAAUAAGGAAUAUUGAGGAAUCUUCGGCAAACUCAGUAAAAGAAAUGUUAAAUGUUAGGGCUGCUGAAAAAGGAAAUCUUUUGAAAAAAAAGUUAGAAAGUGUAAAAGCUCUGCAUGUUUCAAUCCCGGAAGUUCAGUCUAAUUCAGACGUAUUUAUGGAGAAGUCGAAAACAUUGUGCAAAAGACAGUUGGAUUUAACUGAAAUGCAAAAAAAAGAAAUAUUGCUUACAGAUGUGGAAGAAGGAAAAGUUAUGUUUGACGAUGUUAUGAACGUAUGUAUCCCAAGCAUUUCAUCUCCCUCACUACCAAAGAAAAAUAAUGAGUGGAUUGAAAAUGAUGUGCAUCAAGAUGAAAAUGGAUUGCAAAAGAAUAUUCUCCGCGAUGUACAUGAAAAUUUCUUGAAAUCCACCAGAGAAAAAGAUGGUACAAAUACAUCAGAAGUGGAGACUGAAAAUGAAAGCAGUGAGGAAAAACGAGUUUAUGGAAGUACUGAACGGCUUUCCACAUGGCUUAGCUUCGUGCAUUUGGAUCCUCUACUUCCAGAACUAGGCAGACCAACAUUUCUAGAUACUUCUGAGGCAUCAAGGCAACACGGUUCGGAUGAUUAUAUAGAUAAUCUCUUUGGACCGUUGUCCCCUAGUAUAUCAAGCAGACAAACAUCAGUGAGCUCAACGGAAGGUUGCGUAAUCUCGAAAAAUAAGACAAGGUUGAGGUCCAAAAUGGAUGACACAGCUGAUGCAUUGACACCAAAGGAAAUUGAAUGUUUGGCUGAACCUUUAUCACUUCCUCUUGUUCCCUCAAGUCCCACACAUUCCUCUAUGACAGCUAGUACUGUAUCCGCAUCUGGAACAUCCGAAGAUUCUGGUUCAUUGGGUUGUAUACCUGCCUCCACUAUGAAAGCUGUUACGGUCAUUCAUAAUGAGCGAGCCGAUAAAGGAUCCGUGCAGAAUCUCAAAGUGUCAGAUGGUAUCAAUGAAUUACUCUCUGUGGAAGAAUAUAUACCUGCAGUUAGCCAGACAUCAAGGCAUAUUAUUACCACUGGUUCGAAAUGUACUGGGAUGUUGUGGUCACAGAGAAAACGUAGUGAAUCUAAUCCUCAAAAUGAAGAACGUUUGGGAAUUAGAGCUGGCUCUUCGAAGUUGUCGAAAGUAAUCACAACAUCUACUGAUACCAGAGAAGAUGAAUUAGAUACAAACCAGGGUUACAGUACGCAGCAGUUAAGAAAUGAGAAAGUGAUCUCAAGAAGAGCAGUACUCAGUGGAAAAAAAUGCUUAGAAAAGGAGGGAAAUCUUGUAAGAUUACCAGAAAGUAAGGUGGAAAGUGUUCUAGAAAUGCUUAGAGAAGAAAGUGAUGAAUUAAAAGCUAUCCGAAAUGAAGAGAAAUUAGAGGGAUGCAUUGAUAAUCCAGUUCCACAAGGGCAACCACUACGACGUUCAGCGUGGAAGAAACAAGCACGAAUUGAUUCUUGGUCUUCCCAAGAUAAUCAGGAAUUGAUGAUUGACACUAAGGAGUUCAUCACUGUUCAGAAUGACCUAGAAACGGAAGUAUUGACGCAGCAGGAAAAUGUGAACAUAAACUCAAGUGAAGCUGUAGAAAAUCAGAUUCUAAAUGUUGACAAUAUAGCGAUACAUGGACAUUCGGGGAAAGAAGUUUGGAAUUUCACAAUGUCAUGGGAGAGUUUCGAUGAAAGGAAGUCAUCAGAAGGUAAUAGAGAAAAUUCGACGAAAGAUGGAAUUCUAAGCACUAUGAAAUCAGGAAAUCAAAUUGCAAAGCGGAAACAAAAUAACACCACUCAAUCAACAGUAAUGCAUGUAGAACGAGAAAUAACACUGAGAAAUGGAUUAGAAAGUGCCGAGAUUGCUGUCGAAUGUUCAUCAAAGAAUAUUGGAAUUAGGGAAUCCAAAAAAUCACUUGUGACACGGAAUAAUAAAUUAGUGACAAGUGAGGCAAAAAAGCGGAAACUGGCUGAGGAACUAAUUAGCAACGUGGAAGACAAGUGGGAAGAUGCCGGUCAGAUCACAACAUCUUCGCAAAAAUCAAAAAUGAUUGGAACUUAUCGUGGAAAGGAGCCAGUGAGUGAGAACAGUGAGAGUACGAGCAAAUCUAUGACAUCGAAUAUAAAAUUACUUGAAGCAGAAUUAAAUGAUCUCAACGAUGAUGAUAACCGAUUAGAAAUUGUUACGGAUGAUGCUGGAGUUUCAUGUCAUAAUAUGGAAAUUGCAUCAGGCGAGAUUCAUGUCUCGAAUAAUUGCAUUGGGUCAGAGAAAGCUAAGGCAACAACAGUAACUACUAAGAAAUCGAUCAGUACUGUGAGAUCAGAAAUGUACAAAAAGAUGCAUAAACGGCUUGCAGUGCAAACAUCAUGCAUGAAAGAACUUGGAAGAAUUCAAAAAAAAACGAUAGUUUCUACAUUAUCAGCAUCGAAAAAAGUAGAACAACCAAAUAUUACACAACGAAAAAGAGCAGCAAUAAUGCUUCCUACUGGAAGAGAUGUAUUGAACAAGGCCAAAAGUGUAGGACUGCCUGCAAUUCAGCAUAGCGCGAUACGAGUAAGUACAUCCGCGACAAAAAUUCCAGUUGGGAGCGAUGAGGCUGCUGUGAUGUGCUUAUUUGACCAGGCACUCUCGGAAAGCAACUAUAAUGAUAAGUUACUCGAAAUAGUCCAGAAGUUUCAGACACCAACCAUCUCAGCAAUAUCUUGCGAGAAAUUGGCUGAGUGCUCCGUUAAAUUUAUAAAUAAACUUGAUGUCGGUAAUAUGUGGCACAGUGUCGUGGUUGCAGUUCGCUAUUGGUCUGGUAAACAAAAAGACCGGUGCGCAAGUGCUAAAGUUCUGGAACUUCAUCAGGUAGCAUCGUCAAAAGAGCGGAAUUUCAUCGAAGUAUUGCAUCAAUUGAGUGGUGAAGAGCACUGGAGUGAUGUUAUUUCUUUUUUUCUUCGGAAGAUGAUAACAUCAUUGAUGAAAACGCGCCCUGUUUCUGUUGCACAGCACGGUCUCAAUAUUCGAUGUAUUCUUUUAUGCACUCGAAUACUGUUGCAAGAUGGGUCGAAUAAUGAAGUUUUGAGAAAGGUGACAAACUUGUUACAACACUUAAUAGAACGAGAUUCGUCAGAUAGAGUUGUACCGAUGAUGUGCUAUUCAGUUGCAAUUGUUCCCGAAAUUGUUGACAAACUAUUAAUUGAUGAAAAUGAGCAGUAUGAGUCCGUGCGUCGCGUGAUGUCCGUACAUCUUGCUUCAAGAGAUGAGCUUUUUACAAUAUUCAAUAAAGUGAUCAUGUCACGUCUUCUCAACAAAAGUACGUAUAAUGCCACAUGUCUACAAAAACUUAGUAUUGAUGGUUUCCAUCGUUGGUUUUCUGAAUCUAUCAGUACGAUUGUUACGGACAUAAGUGGCUUAAAUUUGGAAUCCAUGGAGUUGAGCCCUGGAUUUUCGUCAGCAGUGAUGACAUGUUAUGCAUUGUUCAGUUUAGCUACAAAUCGUUUAGUUCCUGAUAAAGAAGCACUAGUACUUCCAGUGCUAAAUGACUGUGUCCGGAUAAUAUCGGGUCACUUCGAAAGUGAAGAAAAGGAAAGAAAUGCAGUGUUCGCCGACACAACGGGACUGCAAUCGCUGUCGGAUGAUAUGCUUGUAAAAACAAUGUUGCGCCUUUUACUUUUUGGACGGCUAAUAACAUCAUUUAUCAGAAGUACAGAAUGCUGCAUACUUCCGCAAAUAGCAAAUUUGGUUGAAAAAAUUCACAGAUUACGGGAGUUUGCAAGGCUAAAACUUGAACAGGAAGGCGAGACUGCUGAAAAUCGUUUACUUUAUUUUGGUUUAAAUGACUGGCUCCGAACAGUGAAACCCUGGACAAAGUAUCUAUGUGCGGCCUUCACAGUGACAAAGAGUGAUUAGUGGUAUCUUUCACUGUAUAGUGACUUUUUGCGGAAACUUGAACCUUACGUGAUUUUGCAAUUUUGAACUUCAUCUUGAGCUUAUGAUGGUUGAGGUAAUGUGGAACAGAUUAUUCUGUAUGUUCUCAAGUUUGUUAUAUCUUUGAAGUUAUUAUAAUUACAUCAAAAAUUCUGUGAAAAAAACUUUGAAACUCUAAACCGAG